AUGCCAGAGGCCAUCGCAACCACGAAGCGCAAGUUCUACAAGGCGCUCGACGCCCUAUCAGCUCCUCCUCCCCCUCCACCCAAAGAGACUCCCUCCACCCCCAGCAGCAAGCGCUCCUCCGCUGCCGCUUUCGACGAAGCCCGAGAACGCGUGCGGAAAAGACUCCGACAAAGCACCUCAUCCGACUCUCUCGGCCUGAAUAGAUCCGUCAUCUCACUACCACGCUCACCUCUCGCUAAGAAGCCUACCGCCGAUGCACAGCCACCGCCCAAUUAUUCGCCCUGGUCUCACGAAUCGUUCCUGGCGCGGCUCAAGACGUUUAGCAGCGUGAGCCAAUGGCACCCAAAGCCGGAUGCAAUCAAUGAGGUGGAGUGGGCAAAGCGAGGUUGGGUCUGUGUCGACGUCAACACGGUUGCAUGCAAGGGUGGGUGCGGCAGACGAGUGGUGGUAAAUUUGGACACUGCGAAGAGGUCGAGUGGUGACGAAGAAGAAGAAGAAGAAGAAGAAGAAGAAGAAGAAGAAGAAGAAGAAGAAGAAGAAGAAGAAGAAGAAGAAGAAGAAGAAGAAGAAGAGUGUGACAAUGAAGACGAGACGGGCCUAGAGGAGGCCCUCACAGCGCGAUACAAAACGGACAUCGUGGAACGCCAUACCGAUUCAUGUCUUUGGCGUAGUGGAGGCUGCAAGGACGACAUAUAUCGGCUGCCAGUCGUCCGACCAUCCAUAUGGCAGCCUGAACUCCGCAAACGCUGCCACUCACUGGAAGCGAUCCACGACUCGAUCAAAGACGUCGCCACAAAGCAACUCGACGCGUCAAGUGACCAACUGCUCGAAGAUUUACCGCGAGACAUCUUCAGCGGCCCGGAAGAAUCGAGCCCGCCGUCGAGCAGAGCAUUCAAAAUCGCGAUGCAUGGCUGGCGGGGGUCAACUGAAGCGGGAAACGACCUUUUGUGUUGCGAGGCUUGCUUUCAACGCAUCGGCCUUUGGAUGUACCAACCUGGAUACAGCCCAUCGCGACCAGUCGGAACGGAAGGUGAGGACACUGCGGAAGCCUCUGCAUCCAUAGACCUCUUGGAGAUGCAUCGUGAACAUUGUCCGUGGAGGAAUCCCGGUACGCAGAAAGCAACCGGGAGCUUGAGCGGGUUGAACGCCGGCCAAAUUCUACACAAGGUUGCGAGUACAGCUGCAAGGGAUUUCAGGAGGAGGUCAGAACGUCAAUCUUCUGUCGCGGAAGAUCAGACGCAAGAGAAUGAUGAUGUCGCUCAGUCCGCUGUCCCUGCUUCUCGAGAUGAGAUCGCUCGUCAAGACAAGGAGAGAGACUCCCGACUUCGAAAGCUCAAGAACCUGUUCAGUAUCAAGCGACGGCCGACCAUGAAGGCGCCGGCGCAGAAACCUGCUUGA